AGAGAGAGAGAGAGAGAGAAAGAGAGAGUGAGAGGGAGGGCGACUGGAACUCAAUUCCACACAGACAAACCUACACUGGCUCAGAACGACGGUCUCUCCUGCAGCACACACACUGAGACACACACACACACUGCUGGCUGUGGAUUCGUCUGAUUCCAUACAUCUGUAGGCCAUUUUGCCAGAGAGCCAGCCAAACCCGCCUCAGGGAGCAGGAGAAUGGAGAACAACAUGUGACCGAUCCGCGCGCCACUGUCGACAGCAUGCUUCGCCUCCUCCCGACCUUGGCUCUCUGCUUCUGGUGUUUUUUGCUACUUCACAGGCAGGCUGUGGCAGAUGAAGAGGCCUUCUGGGGACCGACGCCAUCGAGAGAAAACACACCUGAAGUCAAGCAAAGCUCUUUCUGGUGGGCCCCGUCUCUGCCAAAGCUCCCUCCCCUUCCCUCGCUUCCGUUCCGUAUCCCCUUUUAUGGGAGCUCGGAUGAGAACGAUGAGGCUGCUGCAUUGACCACAACCGCCAAAGAGUUGACAGAACCAAUCAAUCGCUUGCAAGAAUACCUGGGUUCAGGGGAAGGGAGCAUUUCUGAAGCCUCUGAACCACCCACCACUGUGACUCAGGGGCUCGUAAUCAGCGUGACAAAGAUAAGAGCAGAAUCACUUCCCACGGGGACAUCAGAUUCUCCACACAGCAGCACAGCACAGAUCGACAAUGAUACCCUUGUUUCAGACUCCUACUCUCCCACAAGCAGUUCCAUCAGAAACACUCUGUUCACCAACAGUCCCACCAGCACAAGCACUCCUGAACAAAAUGCAACACAUACCCACCCGCCGAGGGGCACCACAGGAGCAGCUGGGCCCAGCACGGGUGCCACUACACAACACCUCCCAGAAGAACACACUGAUAAAGAGGAGGCUGAAGCUUUUACAGGAAAGAUAUCUUUGACGAUAGAACCAGAAACUACAGUUCCCACUGCCUUGACGUGGGCAGCAGCCCAAACCACAACAACAACCCCAGCGCUGGUGAAGACCACACUGACCAGCAGACACCCUCUGGGGCCUGUUACUAACCCUGAGUCCUCACAAACCACGUUUGUCAGAAAACCACAAGACCCGACUGUUAGUAUUACCCUCCAUGCUGGGGAGGCUGCAUUCACAGAAACUCAACCCACUCAGGCUGACCUGGGCUUCUCCCAGGCCAGGUCAGGCCCUGUGGAGGAACAGCCAGGGGUAAUCACCACUGCCAUGGGGAUCGAUCCCAAACUAGUGCUGGAAUCCAUAACGAGCACAACCCAGAGCCAAAGGGAUAACUUCCCAAUAGCAAAAGAGCUGCCAGGCAAAGAGGAUAAGGAGGCUGAGGAGGCUGAGGAAGGUGUGGUUCCUCCAGCAGACAGUGAUGGUGACACCAGGCUGGCAGACGUUUCCACGCCAUCCGCUAAGCUGCUAACUGCGUCCCCGCCACAGAGCACAGGCAUUCCCACGAAAACGCCCCGUAUUCCUGUGUACACAGAAGAUUGGAUGUCCAACUUUGUGGACAGUGACGCCACCUUCCUUCCAGACUGCAAUAAAGAGCGCUCCGGGAUCUGCAACCUUUCCGACACUUGGGACUCCACGACAGCCUCGGACGUCAAGCCCACACAAAACACCACUGCCCCGAACCAAUCAGUCAACCCCUUCCUGAUCCCGGCUCCACCCAUGUUGGUGCCGCUGUACACCGACUGGAACAGUGCCAUGGCAGCGUGGGGCCUGGCCUGGGAGGCACACGUUUACGGCGCUGGUUGCGUCUUUGCGAUGCUAACGCUAGCCUCGGCGCUUAAUCUGCUCUGUUUGCCUCUACGAUGCCCAUCCGGAUGUGGCUACUUUGCCCUGGUCAGCCUGUUUCUACUAGCUGCCGGUUGCACCAGGUCAUUCUCACUCCUGUAUGAUGCCUAUGGCCACCAGGACCGCUUGCCCUCCACAGAGGCCUCGCUGGUACUUUAUGAAGCACCGUUUCCCUGCUUGACUGCAGCUUUCGGACUGGUUUUCCUUCUCCUCUCCAUGCGCUCAAGAAUGCAGCUCUCCUACUCAGCUUUCCAGAGACCGUGUUUCCUGGCCUGCCUGGUUGUCCUGCACUUUGGUGCUGCAUUCGGACCGGUGACGUUACUGAAGUUCUACCAGCAAAAGCCUCCCCUUUGCCUCUUCCUUUCCCUCAUCUCCCGUGGAGCCUUCGUAGCACUGGCCACAUUUCUGUCUGCUGCCUAUUUUGUGUUCUACAUCUACGUGCGGGCAGAUUCGAAGCACAUCUACCACCUGAACAACACAUCUCCAACACCUGCUGAGCGCUACAACCGCUGCCCCUUUGCUGAGAGCCGGGACUGGGACCGUGCAGCUGUAACCGUUUGUAUUUCAGCAUUGUUUUGUUUAGCAUGUGCAGGACUGCAGUUAUAUGCAAUGCUCAAUGCUAUGGGCAUUGCAGGUGGAGAGGAGGUGUUCCACCCUUGGCCCUGGUGGGCUUUUCAGUUCAGCUGCAGACUGUGUGAGCUCGGGGUUUGUCUCACUUUAGCCUUGGUGGUCGCGCAGCCAGUCUACUGCUCUGACCACCUCCCAGAUGCAGGGAGCUGCUGGACUGAACUGUUGGCGUCCAAGUCACCCAUCCUGCCUGGGAGCUACCAGUGGAGCCUGAGCCAGCAAGAGAAGCUUGCAAUCGUUGAUACCGUUGGGCUGGGGGAGACGGAGAGCCUACCUCUUUAUACUCUAGUGGAUGAGAGGCUUGGUAGCAGUCUGAACGGUCUGGACCUUCUCUACCACAGCAACCGGGCCUUGGCAUACCGGGACCUGGAUUUGGAUUUGGACUUGCAUGGUUCAGUAAAACCAGAGGACGGAGGAGGCGGCGAGCCCUCAGGUGGAUCCUCGUUUACCAGUGACUCCACCACAGACCUGCGCCCACCAUCACCCAUCAACCUGCGUCGCAGCAUCGACGAGGCACUCUUCAGCGAGGCCCUCUUUCCCAUGAGCCUCUUUAGCCCCACUCGGCCAAUCCGCUGCAGUGAUCUAUCCAUAAACAACCACUGUGCACUUCCCAGCAACGGCUUCUGUGAUCCCCUCACAACUGAUCCUGGCCUUUAUCGGACCUCUUCCUGUGUGGAGAUGGCCUCUCUACCCCCGCCCCCUUCGGCCCAAUCUCAAGGAGACACUGUUGCUCAACCAUCUCCCUCCCUGUCCUCUUCCUCCAGCAACUCAUCUCCUGAACGCUGGAGGGGCAGCUCCUCCUCCUGUUCCCUCUACCGAGAGUCUUUCGGAGGCUCCUCGCUGGUCCUCUGCCCGAGCCCGGAGAGACAUGCUCAGCAGCUUCUCCAGCAAGGGGGGACGGGCCACACCGACCCACAGAGGCACUAUCAAACACUGGGUGCGGCCUCACAGGAGAGCCUGGACCUGGACAUGUCGUCCGAGGCAGACCGAUCAGUGCAGGAGGAGUUCAUCAGUGUUUGCAGACAAAUCGAUGCUUUGAGCAUCUGCAGCGAGACUAUUGAUUUAUGAAAGGACAGUCUGGUCAAACAAGGGUUGCUCAGAGGACUUAUUAAGGAAAAUGUCAGAGGGGUGACUGUCCAGGGUUUUGGUAGUGCAUGGUAGCUUUUGCAUUCACCAUGAAAGACCUUUAGCUGCCAACAAAGUUUUGGGAGGUUUGAUGAGCUUUCUUAUGUGGUCAUUAGUGAAUGUUUAUGAGGGUCUAAGUGCCAAGAAUGUCAAAAGCCAAAAGGUAAUUUGUAACUUUUACAUGUUUGAUAAUGGUUGGUGAAGUUUGAUACAGUCAAAAGACAUUUUACUGAGUGGGGAUCAGAAUUUAUUUGUACAAAUGUUUUUAUUGCAUUCCAACAUUCCAAUAGAUAGUACUGUGACUAAAAUUAAGCACUUAUUAAAUACUACUGAAGUCAUAUGCUUUCAAACUCAGAAUAUCACUGUCAUUAAAGGUCAUGUUGGAUAAGUGGGAUUAAAAUUAAGUUUGUCAAACUAUAAAAGCUCCAUACCAACAUGCCGCACAUCUUACCUGCAGUAAUGGUGCAGCAGUGCCCUCUACUGGUGAAACGCAUACUAUGUUAUCCUCCUACAUUUAUCACCAAUGGACUGUGCUUCUACAUACACUGACAGCAUCUUCUAUGACUGGCUUACUAAUUUAUUUAUGUUCAAACAUAACUUUGCUCAACAUAUUGUUUAAUAAAGUUUGUUUUAUAA